ACAAGGUCCUUGGUUUGACGAUUUUGACGUUUGUUUUGUUAUUUGUCUAUUGGCGAUCUUAAAAACACUUCUGAAAACGAUCCGCAAACCGCGAAAAAGCGAAGCGGAGGCUUCUGGAUUUACUGAAACAAUAAUAUGAAUAAGAUUUGCCGAAUAUGUUUAGAAGAAGGCGUACUCUCAUCUGUUUUCACAAAAAACUAUAACAUUUCAUUAUGUGAUAUGGUUGAAUACUGCUGCAAUAUAAAGAUUAGUAAAGAUGACGGUUUACCAGAACAAAUGUGCAGCAAUUGUAUUUAUAAGCUGGGGAUAGCUUACCACUUCAAACAAACUUGUGAAAGCGCAGAUAUAAGACUGAGACAAUACUUAGGAUUAAGAAUACCUAGCAAAUACAAUGAUGCCUGUGUAGCUACAGAUCCUUUUGUGCCCACACAUGCAACUAUAAUAAAAAAAUGCAAAUGUAAGCAGCCUGAACCAAAAAGACAUACAAACUAUAAAAAGAAAUCUGAAUCAGAGAAAUUGAAACGAGGUCCAAAGCCUAAGCCUAAACAAGAUCACACUUGUUAUCAGUGCAACAAGCAGUUCAGAUGUCAGGCACAAUUGGAAAUGCAUGUUAGAACUCAUACUGGAGACAAACCUUUUGUGUGCAUGUACUGCCCUCGGAGAUUCACUCAGAAACAUAAUCUUACCAUACAUCUCAGAAUUCAUACUGGAGAAAAGCCAUUCCAAUGUGAAGUAUGCAGUAAAAGGUUCUCAGCGCAAGGUAAUCUACACGCACACUUGAAAAUCCAUACUGGGCAAAGGGAUCAUGUAUGUUCAAUAUGUAACAAGACAUUCAUUACUUCAAGUGAGCUAACUCGUCACAUGAGUAAGCACAGAGGUAUCAAAAACUUCAAAUGUGAUUUAUGUGGAGCAGCUUAUGUACACUCCAGGGAUCUCAAACUGCACAAACUUAAAAAGCAUCAAAUAGUUCCACAGAAUCCUAAAGUUCAGUGUGCAAAUGAAGGCUAUAACAAUAGUGGAAACAUAGACAUUAUAGGCAUAGAUGUUGGCAAAGAUCCCCCAAUGCCAAUGAAGGAUGUCAGUCAUUUAAUACCUCAUUUGAUUAAUGAGAAACCUCAGCAAAGCCUGCCAGUGAUUCCUGAAAGCAAUCAGUCUAUACUGCCCUUUGAACAGAAAGGUGUAAAAGAGAUGUUUCACCAGUAUCCUAAUAAAGUAUUUGAAGCCCAUAACUGUGCUAUUUGUGGAGAGGGAUUUGACUAUGUCACUGCUUUAGCACAACACUAUCUGCAUCGCCACAAGGACCAUGAAUAUGUUCAGUCCAAAGGUUAUGGUUUAACCCAAUAAGAGCUCUCCUAUUAUAUCAGUAUAAUCUCUGAAGGAAUAGCUAGGAAUAAGGACAGAAUAGUUAAAACAUCAACACGGAACUAAAUAAAAGCUAUUUAUUAACCUUGACACGUUUCCCAAGCCAUAUUGUACAACUGAAACUAUUGAACAAGUUAUUCAGCAAUAAAUAAUUAUUUAUUCAA